AAUGGCGUAGGAGUAAUGACAGAUGUAAAAUCAAAACAAAGAUUGGUGUAGUGAUUGCAAGAAAUCAAGGAAAAUUAAAAAAUAAAAUGUUUAUGAGGUGAAACUCUAGAAAAAGAGUUUGAGAAUGGCUUCAGUUAAGGUAGCAGUGAGGGUUAGGCCCUUUAACCAAAGGGAAAUCGACAUGGAUGCGCAAUUAAUUAUUCAAAUGCAAGGAAAAACUACUGGCAUACUAAACAGCAAGGCUAAUGCAAGAGAUGAGAAUAUUAGAUACAAGGAGUUUACUUUUGACUAUUCCUACUGGUCUCAUGAUAAUAAGUCAAGUAAUUUUGCUUCUCAAGAAAUGGUUUAUAAUAAUUUGGGGACAGAAGUAAUCGACUGUGCUUUUCAGGGUUAUAAUGCUUGUGUUUUUGCUUAUGGACAAACAGGAAGUGGCAAAACUUUUACUAUGAUGGGAUCACCUGAAAACCAAGGUCUGAUUCCCAGAAUUUGCAAGGCGCUUUUUGAAAAAAUGUCUGAAAAUUCUAAACUUGGUACCACACAUCGUGUGCAAGUUAGUUACUUAGAAAUUUAUCAGGAGAGAGUUGCUGAUUUGUUGGGAGGAAGAGAUAAUAGUUCUUUGAAAGUAAGAGAGCACCCUAAAAAGGGGCCCUAUGUACAGGGGCUCACCACGUGCCUUGUCACUAAUUAUAAUCAUAUACAGGACUGCAUGAAUAGGGGCAAUUCACACCGAACAACUGCAGCCACAAAUAUGAAUGAUGUCAGUAGCAGAAGCCACGCUAUUUUUACUAUAACAUUUGUCCAAGCUGGCUAUUGUGAUGGAGUACCAAGUGAAACAGUAUCCAAGAUUCAUCUGGUGGAUUUGGCAGGAAGUGAACGCGCUGAUGCCACAGGAGCCACCGGCCAGAGGCUCAAGGAAGGCGCGCACAUUAACAAGUCUCUAGUUACCCUCGGUUCGGUUAUUUCCGCGCUUGCCGAGGUCUCGGCCGACAAGGACGGACAGAAAAAAGCUUUUUUCAUACCGUACAGAGAUUCGGUGCUCACCUGGUUGUUGAAAGACAGUUUGGGCGGGAAUUCCAAGACCAUCAUGAUUGCAGCCAUAAGUCCGGCAGAUUGCAAUUAUGGAGAGACUCUAAGCACUCUACGGUAUGCUAAUAGAGCCAAAAACAUUAUAAAUAAACCGACUGUUAACGAAGAUUCUAAUGUCAAAUUAAUCAGGGAACUACGCGAUGAAAUUAGUAAAUUGAAGGCGCUCAUGUUUAGCGAGCAACGCACCGACAUGUUGGCAACAUUGCACGAAAAGGAAGCUCGGGAAAAAGAACUGACAGAAGAAUGGGCGGGAAAAUGGCGCGAAGCGCAGGCUAUACUGCGCGAACAACGCGCACUUGGACUGCGCAAAUCGGGACACGGAGUCGUUCUCGAUUCUGAUAGGCCGCAUUUGGUUGCCAUCGACGACGAUCCUUUGAGUACCGGCGUCACUUUGUAUCAUUUGAAGGAGGGUCAAACGACGAUUGGUACAGAAGAUUCGGAUAUAAAACCAGACAUAGAGCUCAAGGGUGCCGGUAUGGAAGCCCAUCAUUGCACUAUUACUUUCGAGAACGGUGUUGCCACGUUGAUUCCGCAACAAGGUGCUCACGUUAUGCUUUACAACACUGUAAUCGAAUCGCCAACGAAAUUGUCGCAGGGUUGUAUUAUAUUUUUGGGAAAAACACAUGUUUUUAGAUUUAACGACCCAGCUGAAGCAGCUGAGCUUAGAAGAGGUGAAAAAUCCUUUAAUUUAUCAAGAUUGAGCUUACUUAGUUGGUCCACUCCAGACCUGGCUGUUUCUAUGGAAAAUUUAAUUGACGACGAAAAAUCAGACAUCGAGUUGCAAAGACAAACCUUGGAAAAAGAAAAGGAACUUUUUGAAAAAGAACAAGAAGCUUUUGAGAAAAAACAGGAGGCUUUUGAGAAAAGGCGAAGAACCUUAGAGCUAGCCCAAGCAAAAUUGGGUGCAGAAAAACUGAUGGUUAAAAAAGAACACGCUGAACAAACACAAAAAUUGAAGGAUGAUUGGAAUAAUCUUACAGAUCAGCAAAGAGAAAAAGAAAAUAAAUUAAAACAAAAAGAAUUAGAGCUAGUUUUGCAAAGAGAAGAAUUGGAAAAAGAACGCCAAAAAAUCAUGGGAGAAAUAAACCAAGAAUGUGAAUCACUAAAAGUUCUUAAAUCAGAGGCGGUACACAAAUUGUACAACAUUUGUAAUUUUGUUGUUUCCCAAGCUAAUGAUUUCACAUUUGCUGAUAGCCAAAGUAAAACUUUAUUUCAGGAAUUGGUGGCAAAAUCUCAAUAUUCUAAACUCUCCGAUUCUGAAUCAGGUUGUUUGGUUGACAUUUUAAGUAAAAUUAAGGGUUCUCCAGGAAUUCAAGACAUAGUAAACCAACAUAGACGUGAAUUGGCAGAGCUUCAAGCAGAACUAAACCAAAGAGUUGCUACAUUAGCAGAAAGACAAAAAACAAUUGAAAGAUUAGACAAAAAAUUGGUAGAACUUGUUGAUGAACAAUUAUGUUUAAAUGCAGACCCAAAAGAUGAACAAUUGGUGAAUUUAAAGAAAGUUUUGGCAUCCAGAACUAAAGAAGAAUUGAUGAAAAUUGAAGAAAGAAAACAAAGUUUGACGUUGAACCUAAAACGAAUCAACUCGGUGGAGAGUGCCGACUCUUGUGAGGUGAAUUACACCAGUAGCGUCGAAAAGGCUACUCUGAGCAGCGAUACGUAUCACACUGCGCCCAGCAGUUGCGAAACUGACAAUAAUACCAACCACCAACUAAACCCCCCAGAAUGUCUCAUGAGCGAUAGCGGCGUAGAACUGAAAACAGGCUCGAAAUUACAGGACGAUAGCGAUUUGUCUAGCAACGAGGAUUGCAAAGUUGUCAGUGAUUCUCAAUCGACCAGUUCGGUGGAAAAUCAGUCUCCUAUACAUCUAAAAAAAAGACCUAAUCAGGAAAUACUGCGCAGGAUUGCACAACGUAUUACGCAGCAAAAGCAAUUGAUAGUGAAAAACUUGGAUAGCAAUUGUCCCAAGGCGUAUUUGGAUUCGCAAAUUGAGAUUCUCCAAGAGUUACAAAGACAAUAUAUGUCGGUUAAAUUUGGUUCCAACUGUGUUUUAUCACCUGCUUCAGAACAUCCUUUACAAGAUAUUGAUAGUAGUCCUAGUCCUUUAAAACCCCUACAUACAGGGUCCACUUCUGCCUUAUACUCACCUCCAUUACAGCUUCAAAACCACAGACUGUCUCUGUAUGGACAGAGCAUGUACAGAUCUAUGCCCUCCAUAACCACUGACACUGAUUCGGACUCGAUCGUUGGUAUAGUAGGUUACUGUAUUAGAGGCGCAGGCGCAAAAACUCACUACGAAUAUGAACUAAGAAUAUGCACUGUGGAUGAUAGAUGGACAAUAUUAAGAAGAUAUAGCAGGUUUAGAGACCUACAUUUGGCUAUGAAAAUGCGUUACAAAGAUAAGGUUUCUGCAAUUCCUUUUCCCGGCAAACAGCUGUUCUCAAACAACGAAAUGGUAGCGAGCACGCGCAAACGCCAACUAGAAUUGUACUUGCGUCGUUUGAUCGAAGUGUGCCGGAACCACCCGAACUGUCCGUUGGCUUACGGCGGACCAAUCACAAAGCAGGCCUUAAACAGUUUCUCGCCCUUUUUCAGGAAAGGUGUCUUUGAAAACGGUAAAUACGGAACAUCUUGAUACCCCAUUAACCUGCUAGUUAUUGUUAGGCUAAAUAUCUACAUUGUUCAUUUUAUAGAAUUUUCAUAUACAAUUAUUUUCUUUUAUACAAUAUUAAACUAUUUUUUUAACUAUUGAUAAUUAUUAUUUAAAUUAAUUUACUAAAAUGGUGUUUUUUUAAUUUGUUAAGAGUGCUUUAAUUAUAGGAAAUGCUUAUUAAAGCUGUCAUGGGAAAUUAUUUUAUUUAUUUUUGACUUGGUUAAAUGUAAGGUGCAAUAUAUCCUAAUAUCAUUUCUUUCUUGUUAAAACAUGGGGGUUGCCUAAAAAUUAUUUUUUUCAAGCCUUUUGUUUUUUUCGUAAAAAUCGUUUAUAAUUACCUUGUAAUUGAACUGAAAUUAUAUGGUGCAACUAACUACUUUUUGUUUUAUAGUAAAAUUUUAGUCUUGUAUUGUUCUUAGAAAAUAACUAUUACUGUAUGGAUCAAUUUAAAAAUAACAAAAUCUAAAAGUUACCUAUCAAAAUGUCAUAUCAAAUGACCUGAAGAUAUAUUUAAAAAUACUUCCCAAAAGUACAAAAUAUUCAAAAACGAAAAAAUCUCUUCAAUACUUUUUUAUUAUUAUUUCUAUCCGAAGUUGUAAAAAGUCUAUCUAAAUAUGUGAUAAUAAUUAUUUUUAUACAGUUGUGUGAUAAUCUUGCAAUGGAAAAAGAUAAUUAAGUUAACUAAUGUUAAGUACAGAGUACUAAUCUCAAAUUCUCAUUUAAAGUUGUUAAACGUUAUCUAUGUAAGUGAAAAUGUUUUAUUAAUUUGAUCAAUAA